GAAGCCAAGCUGACAGACCUACAGCCGCACUCCAAAGGCUCGGCACAGGAGGAGCCGCGGCGGAAAGAAGCCAAAGAUCAUGUCAGUGGCCGUGAAGAGUGGUAUUAGAGCCAAAGCAGAGUCCCGAAAAUGUGCAGCGCGGUUCUGGAGGCUCUUUCCUCACCUUUUGCUGUGUUUGUCUCUGGUGGCGUACGCAGCGCUGGGUGCGCUCAUGUUCCAGCACAUUGAAGGAGGGAGCACGUCCUCUACUUCGCAGGAUUACCUUGAGUUCCUGGGUCAGAUUGUCGGGACCGUACAGAACUUCACCGAUAACGCCUCCUACACACAUCAAGAGAUAGUGAAGGAAGUGGAGGCUAAGAUGCAGUUUGGGUUCAAGUCCAUAUGGCUCCAGAGAGCAGACAGAUGGACAUUUUUUGGCUCAAUGUUCUUCUGCUGCACUGUAUUCACAACAGUUGGAUAUGGGGAGAUUUACCCAGUUACCCUGCCUGGUAAGGUGGCAUGUGUCUUGUAUGCCAUGGUGGGGAUCCCUCUUAUGCUUCUGGUCAUCCUAGAUGUGGGAGACUUCCUUGCUAUGCUGAUGUCCAGAGCCUAUGUACGAAUCCACACCUUCUGUAAAAGACUCCUCUCCCACAACUGGUCACCAUGGAAGGCUGGAAAAAGGGGAGGGGACUCCAGCCACCAGGCCUUAGAGGGUGGUUCCUUUGUUUUCAGCCAUGAUGUUGUGGUCCGUGAACCCCUCGACAUUCGGCAGGUGAUGCACAGCCAGGAGGAUGUACGGCACAAGUCUGUACAGCUCCAAAACAACAAAGAGAUCUUCGAGAAAAUUCUCGCCAAGGAGAACUUACUGAGAAAGGGCCCGCUGCUCAGGACCCUCUCCUGCCCAGAGCUAGAUCAGCUGCCACCACCACCCAAAGGAUAUGUUAUAUGGGACUUCACAGGAAUAGGAGAUGGAAUGGAAAUGCUGGAUGUACCGUUCGUACUGAUUCUUUUCAUUGUGUUUGCCUACAUUUACUUUGGCGGUUUGAUUCUCCCAUUGUGGGAAACUGAAUUUAAGGGUUUUGACCCCUACUACUUCUGUUUUAUUACACUCACUACCAUUGGUUUUGGUGACAUUGUACCCAAUCACCCAAAGUAUUUCAUGUUAACCUCACUCUUCAUCAUUGUUGGCAUGGCCAUCAUGUCCAUGGCUUUCAAGCUGGGCCAAGCACGAAUUGUAACUUUCUACCGACAGUUCAUUAAGUUCAUCAGCAAAGGAAAUGUGAAGGAUUUUAAAGAUGAAGAGAAUGACUAAAUCACCAGAAGAAUUUCUGCCUCAUGUCCAAGAGUUUUACAUGUUUACAACCCUGGUUUUGACACAGGCCCAAAACAUGAGUCUGUUGGGGCUUUUCCAGUGCGACCUUUGUACUGGCUGUUCUGUUAAAGCAUGAGCAAAAUUAAGACGUGUGCAUGUGCCAAGGGCUUUUGCCCAGUGGAGGAGGGUAGUAUUAGAAAUGAUGACAAUUAGUUGUUCUGUUAUACUCUGUGGUACUUUCGCAAUUGUACUGCAUGACAGCACUAUAGAGGGUCAUCACAAUAGUGUUGCAUUUGAGUUGGAUCUCUGGAUUUCUUACUGCCUUACAGGAAGAUUAAAUAAAAUGCUUUUUAAAAUAAGUUUU